AUGGCACCCAGCGUAGACCCGGCCAUCGUGGAAGCGCUUGGCCUGGACCCCGCCUCCACCAAGAUCGUCUCCCACGGCGGCUCCGGCUUCGCAUCCACGUUCAAGCUGUCAAGCGUCGUCGACGGCGAGGAAAAGAAUUACUUUGUCAAGACUGGGACAGGCAAAGAUGCCGAGGUGAUGUUUAGAGGUGACACUUCACGGACUCACAAUGUCUCAUAUGUGCCGAACCAUGAACUGACAUACAGGACACAAGGCGAACAUGCGUCGCUCAACGCCAUCCACGGCGUCGUGCCAAACUUCUGCCCCAAGUCCCACGCCCACGGCGCGAUGAGCUCCUCCCCGAACAAGUUCUUCCUCGCCACCGACUUCCUCGAGCUGGGCUCCUCGGCGCCCGGCGGGUCGGGCGAGUCCCUCGCCACCAAGCUCGCGAGGCUGCACACGACGCCCGCUCCCCUGCCCGAGGGCCGCGACGAGCCGGCCUUUGGCUUCCCCGUGCCGACGUGCUGCGGCGCCACGGAGCAGGACAACUCGUGGCGCGCCUCGUGGCCCGAGUUCUUCGCCGACUGCCGCCUGCGGCACAUCCUGCGCCAGGGGCGGGCGAGCCAGGGCGCCGACGGCGCAGCGCAGCUCGCCGAGGCGGUGGAGCGCACGGCCGCGGUCGUGGUGCCGCGGCUGCUGGGCCGGGUGCAGGGCGUGCGGCCCGUCGUGGUGCACGGGGACCUGUGGAGCGGGAACCACGGGCGGGGCCGGAUCGCGGGCCGGGGAGGCGCCGAGGAGGUCGUGUUCGACCCGUCGUGCGUCUACGGGCACUCCGAGUACGAGCUCGGCAUCAUGCGCAUGUUUGGCGGGUUCGGGGGCGGCUUCUGGACGGAGUACCUGGAGCUUGUGCCCAAGGCGGAGCCCAGGGAUGAGUGGGAGGACCGGCUCGAGCUGUAUGAACUGUGGGUGUUUGCUUUCAUUUAUUUCGUCGUAUUCUGUUCCUCUCGGUCUAUUGAGAUUGACUGUGAUUCUAGAUACCACCAACUCAACCACUGGGCUCUGUUUGGCUCUGGCUACAAAAAUUCGGCGAUGAGCAUCAUGAAGAGGCUGAUAGACAAGUACGGGUAG